AUGGCGCCGAAGAAAGACAAGAAGCCUAAGAAGUCAACCUGGAAGUUUAGUUUGGAUCUUACUCAUCCAGUAGAAGAUGGAAUUUUUGAUUCUGGAAAUUUUGAACAAUUUCUGCGGGAAAAGGUUAAAGUGAAUGGAAAAACUGGAAAUCUUGGGAAUGUCGUUCACAUUGAAUGCUUCAAGAAUAAAAUCAUAGUCGUUUCUGAGAAACAGUUCUCUAAAAGGUAUUUGAAGUACCUUACCAAGAAAUACCUUAAAAAGAACAAUCUUCGUGAUUGGCUUCGUGUGGUUGCAUCUGACAAGGAGACUUACGAGCUUCGUUACUUCCAGAUUAGUCAAGAUGAAGAUGAAUCUGAGUCUGAAGACUAG